AUGGACACUGACUUACUGCUAGUUCUUAGCAGCUUCUGCCGUGUCCGCAUGCAAGCUCGGCCGGUGUUUUCUGCAGAUUCAAGGACGUUUGUUGAUGAUGUCGACACCUUCAUCAAGCACUGGAGGCGCAGCAGGAGUGAGAAGACUGCGACCUUGCUCGCCUUUUUAAAAGUUGUGGCUUAUGGCUCUCUGGAGGCGGAAACAAGAAGAGAACAACUCAUUGGGUCCUGGCUGCUCUGCAGCCUGCUGAUGGAGAGGAGGGCAGACCUUGGCAAGCUGUACUGGCAGUGCGAACGCACGAAACGAAUUUUACCACUGUCGUUGGGAGUAAACCGCUUUGGUGUUGACGAGCGCGGGAGCAACGUAUUCAGCUCACUUAGCCUCGCCUCUGAAGCUGCUAGACCACACAAUAAGGGCAUAGCUCCAACGAGUUUCUUAUCAAAUUCUGUAAAGGGUUUCCGCAAAGAGAUUAGAGGUGCUGAAACUGCCGCCGCUUACAGCGCUACUGUUCAGGGUGGGCGGGAUUUACAAACCCCGGAGCUCGAUUUUCUUCUGCUUGAUUGCGCAGAAAGCAAGGAUGUAGUUAUUUUCUGCACUCAAAUGACCCAAAAGCGGAAGUUCUUUCGAUCGUGCUGCGUCAGACGAUUAGACGAUUGCUGUCAUGUAAAGCACUUGGAGGUGUGCUUGACCGAAUCAGGUGUACAAGUUGUUUUCGUGCAGCAGUCUGUUGAUAAGCAGCUGAAAGAAACUUUUAGGAGGCGGAAGGUCUUGUUUCUUGAGCGACUUGGACGCAGGACUGUAGAUUUAUCGGAGAAAACACUUCGAUGGACAGUCUUCGAGAACUUUAGCGACUGGCUCUUUUUCAUAAGAGCAAAACCCAGUCGAACGUCGUGGAGAUGCUGGGCAACGGCCACGCAGCAUCAAUUUGGUCUAACCCUCAAACUGCGUGUAAGAAACUGCCCCAAGAACGCUAGAGAGAGUACAGGAUCAAUACGGCGCUCCUCGUAUGGUACUGUGAAGAAACCGGUCCUCCGCGAAGUAAACAGCAAGGUUUUGGGGACCGAGGGAUUUGGAACCGGGGGUGAGAUCGAGGCGUUUCUGCUCCGGAAUAGUCUUCUCGCAGCCCUGCUGUGCGGGUGUGCAAAUGCCAGGGAGAAUGGUGGAGGGGAAAAUGUAGUGUUUGUCAUGAACUACGAAACUUCAUUGCGUACUCUUGACACAGCAUGUCAGCUGUGCCGUGUUCUUAUGUAA